AUGACGACAAACGGAACGUCCCAAAAAGACGUGCGGCCUCAGGCCGAGGCAGUGCCUUAUCAAGGAGAGCCGUUGCCGAACAAGUUAGACGAUCUUGUUAUCCCAAAUGUCCUCAACUUGGACUGUGACGAGCGUUUAUGGGUCCCUCAGGCACAGGACGUGUGGUUCCGACCUUUGGUACUUGGCGUUUCGCAAGGCUAUUUCGUCAACCUGCUGCGAGUGCGCAAGUCCGGCAUCCUGUCCCGACACCGACAUACCGGCCCCGUCCAGGCCACAACUCUCAAGGGCAGAUGGCAUUAUCUGGAGCACCCAUGGUGGGCCACGGAGGGGAGUCACGCGUUCGAGCCCCCGGGUGACAUUCACACGCUGGAGGUCCCGGAAGGAGUGGAGGAGAUGGUCACCCUGUUCCACGUCACGGGGGCUUAUAUCUAUGUGGAUGCUCAGGGGCGGCCGGAGGGCGUCGAGGAUGUGUUUAGCAAGCUGAAGCUGGCUAGGGAGCACUAUGAAAAGGUUGGGUUGGGCGCGGACUAUGCAAACCAGUUUAUCCGUUGA